AUGCUCUCCUACAGGGUCAUAACGGUAUUCGUGCUGGCGAUACUCAUACUCGCGGGCUUGUUCACGUCCGGCUCGGUUGACUCCCAAUGGAGACGGCUCGCGCACACGGCCAAGAGCACGGGCGCCGUGGCCCGAGGCAUGCCUCUCCGCAUCAUGUUCCUCGGCGCCUCCAUCACGCGAGGUGAGGUCUCUACGAGCAGCGUCGGGUACCGGAAACAGCUCCGCGACCAGCUCACGUAUCUGGGGAAUCCCGUCAACUGCGUUGGCUUCAACCGGUUCGGCGACGACUUCGACGACAACGACGUCGAGGGGUACGGGGCGAACUGUGUCAGGCAGACCCACGAGCACGCCGCGCAGGCCGUGCCCGCGCUGCUGCCGAACCUCGUUCUCGUGCAGACGGGGACAAGCGAUUGCUUCCGGAACGACGAUCCCAGCAAUGUAGGCACCCGGAUGCGCGACCUCAUCAAUCUCCUUCUAGAAGACUCGCCGCAAGCCACUGUGAUCCUGUCCACGCUCGUCACGACGCCGAACGUGGACAUCGAGCCCUGCAUACUGAGCGCAAACGCGCAGUUCCGACAGGUGGCGGCCGACUUCAUCCAUGAGGGAAAGCGGGUGGCGUUGGCCGAAAUGCACUACGACCAAGGGCUCCCGAACCGCCCAUUGCCUGCCGAUAUUGGGGGGGACCAGAUCCAUCCCACCGACAAGGGAUAUUUCAUGAUGGGCGUCAUAUUCAUGGAGAAGAUACGCGAGGUCGACGCCCUGGGGUAUUUGAAGAAACCAGUGGAUAUCGGAAUCCCUAACGAUGGCAAUGAGGGCAGGGAAGAGGAAGACCGGCUCCGAGAACUGGCGCAGGCAAAACACCCAAUCGACGUAUGA